GCAACAUGCAACAGUGAGUGCACUGUCUACACCUCUGUGGCUGUGGCUGUGCAGCACACAGCGGCUGUUUGUCUGCGAGCUGAACUGGAAUAAGUGCAAAACUUUGCUCCACUUGUGCGUCUGUCGCGUCAGCCGCGACUAUGGCGCUGUUCAAGUUCUCCUGUGCGAUCAUCACCAGAGCGUUAUUCAUCAUCGUGUCCCUGGCCGGCGUGUGGAGGGUGACAGUGGUUAAGGAAGACCUCCACUACUGGCUCCUGACGUUUCUCUUUCUGCCGCUUGUCCUUGAAAUGAUAAUAACACUGAAGAGGCGGAAAGGAGAGGAUUAUAAAUGGUUCUCCCCUCCCAUAUUUCUGUUUCUUAUCAGUAUCAUUCCCUCCGUCUGGCUGCUGGAGCUCCACCACCAAGAGAACAAAGCCAGUGAGACUGAGUGCAAAAAACUUGACUCGUUGGAAAAUGUGCGCAGCACUUUUGUGAUCAACGAGACCUUUGGAAACUCCUCAAACUACUUGAAGGCGUUAUCGGACGUCUGCUCCCAUGACUGGAUCCUGGCUCUGCAUCAGAUUCUCCUUAUCCUCCUCAUCGUCGGGAAAUGGUUACUCCCCCUGGGGGGCGGAGUCACGCGUGACGAACUCUCUCAGCUUCUCCUGAUUUUCAUCGGCACAGCGGCAGACAUCCUCGAAUUUACUAGUGAGACGCUGUCAGAUGUCAAGGAGAAAACUCCUCACAUGGUCUACAUUAUCUUGGGUGUAUGGACGUGGAGUAUGCUGCAGUUCCCGUUACAUCUGGCCGUGGUGACCUCCAAGCCAGGAAGUGAGGCUGAGCUGGGCAACCAGGAGGCUUCUCUCAUGACUAAACAUAGCACGGACAUGUGGCACAUCAUUGAGGCCCUGUUCAUCCAGGACGGGCCCUUUCUUGUGGUCCGGCUUGUCGUCAUGACCUACUCCAAAGUCUUCCACCAGAUGCUGGGAUUCUUCACCAUCAAGAACUUCCUGGUGGUCAUACUGAGCUUGUACAGGCUGGCGAUCAUAUGCCAGUCCUCUAGAUCCUACAGCAGCAGGGACAUGGCUAUGUCUCAGCAUUUUACAGCUGUUACUUGUGAAUAAUUAAUGCUGUUGGUAGAAGAAAAAUUUUUUUUUUUUUUACACAAGCAAAUGGAUAAAGUUGUCAAGUUCAAAUUCCAUCUGAUUUAUUUUGAAGGUAAUAACUUCCUUCAUUUAAGUCCCUCUGAAAAUCAGGCCAACACAAGAACUAAGAAAGUGCAAACCUCCCCCAAGGCCACUCCGUUUCCCAUUGUGCGAAUAUGUUCUCGUAUCUCGCAAGGUUAACAAUUGUUAAUGAGCACUUCAUUGUUUUUAAUGAACAGUCAUUACAUAACCAGUGGAGUCACACGCUGCAUUGUGUUGCACAAAAGAAGCCAGGGCUGGACCACAAACUCUUAAUUUCUGACACAAAUUACAUAAAAAAAACACUAGUCAGACAUAAUCAAGCUUCUCUUUGCCCGGUGUAUCGCAGCAGAAAGGGUGACAUGACAAUGGAAUAUAAAACAUUCCCUAGUCAGACACAUGUGGAGCCCCUAAACCAGGCAUGUCCAAAAUUUGUACUAGGAAAGAAGGUUGGCCCCUUGGUCACGUGUCAUCCCCGUUACCUCAGCAGCCGUGACAGACAGAUGUAGAUCAAAAUUAUAAUUGGCAUUGUUACACUUUCUGUAUCGGGUUCAACAGAAUUACUUAUGUGACAUUCGUGCAGUGGGCAAGACAAGACAGGAAAAGGAGCAUAACAAGAAAGACAUGAUAACAUUUAAGAAAAAAAAAGCACAUAACUCAGCCUGCCAGCACAAUGCAGUGCAUCAACGUCGUAUCAGAGCACAAAUAUCUGCUUAUCAAGCCAGCACCUCCAGUAACUGGAGACAUUUGGGUUGGACAGUGUGAUGCAGAGGCCGCUAUGUUGAGCAGAAGUGAGGCCAGCGAGAGCAGCAGCUGUUGACAGAUGCUGAGAUUGGAGAUUACGUUUUCCUGGUCUUAACCUAGACAGGAAGCUGAAACUGACUGUGAAAACUUCCUUUACUGUGCCAGUUGGCUGCUGGAUUAAAGCACAACAUCAACACUUGAUAAGUAUUCUGUUUCAGUAAAGCAGAGAUUGAAUUAUUAUUAUUAUUAUUUUUUAAACGUGUUAUUAGGAGCACAUUUUGAAAAACAUCGUCUUUCCCAUCUUAAAUGUUUUUGUAUCUCUUGGAUUAUUGUGCUUUUAAAAAAUAAGACACUUACUUAUUGUUACUCUUGGCCAAGUAGCCUGACGGCAGUUAUAGUUCGCUUUUGCCCUCAAGGUAAACAACUCGGUCUAAGUUAAGAGUUGGGUACAUUUAAAAACCAUGGGUUAUCAUCAGCUUUAUAAUGCUUAAGAAUCAGUAUUAUAACUUCCUGGUUCAUGUGAAGACAAACAUGUAUUUCUAUUGCAUUUGUUGUAUUAUCACAUUUUUGUACAUCCCCACAAUUUCUCUCUAGCACAUAAUCACUCUGAAUGGCACAGCACUGUUUCUGAUUGGAAAUGAUACAGCCAAUGCCACGGCUGAUAAAUAACCGCGGUGCUGCCUUUUCCAAGGCAUUUCACACCAUAAAUCAUUCAUUGCAUUCACUUACAUUAAGUCAUGUAUAUUCACUUUCAAGCGCUUGCCCUUGGAUGUUGAAUUGCCUCUGUGAUCUGCCUCCACCAGGAAGUCAAUUUAGAGACACACUCACUUAUUGUUCCACUGAUAAAUAAUGAUGUAGCACAAGGUCCAUGUAUACUGUAGACUCCAGUCCAUUUUACUAUACUUAAUAAAUAACUGGCAAUGCAUGUACGCUCGGGAAACAGUAUUAUAUUGUGCUACAGACUCUGCUGAGCUGACUGUAAUGUUUACUGCAAUUUAAACUUGCACAUAAAACUACAACAGAAAACAAACCAUUCACAUUCAAAA